CACACUUCCUCGAACAGAGAGAACACAAGCUGACCGAGUCUCCAGUCUAGCAAGAUGAGCGCCUCGGAUAUCAUCACGUACAUCGGGGUGCCGCUGGCGGUGCUCGGCGUGCUGCCCAUCCUGUACACGUCGUGCCGGGCGCUGUGGACGGAACGCAGCAUCCGAUCGACGCUGAAACGACACGAUCUGCUCGAGUCGGCGGUGACGCGUGUGAGUCUGAUGGGCGGGCUGGUCGAGGUGGAAUUGCCGCGCUGCUCGAUCGCCCCGUUGGACCGCGAGCUGGACCAGGCGUACUGGCAGAUGAACGGCGCGUACGGCCUCGUCUCGCUCAAGGGAGGCAGCUGGGCCAUCUUCCACUGGAACCGCCUGGUGACGGGCCGCGUGCUGUAUCGCUUCCAGUUCAAGGACGAGCUGGUCAUCCCGCAGGCGGACGUCGACUUGGAGGAGCUGCUCGCCUUCCUCCUCGACCGCGGCGCCGUCCCCGAUCCCCAGGGUUGGCGCCUGUUGAAGAGCGUCGGGCUCUGGACGCCGCCAGGCACGGCCUUGCUGCGUCCGCCGCGAGACUGCACCGGCGUCGUGCUCACCGUCGCCGCCCCGGACGAUUCCGACGGCGUGUUGAGUCUGCAGCUCCACUGGAAGCCCGAGUGGGAUCGCAGGGAUGCCGGCAGUCUGCCGCCUUUUUGGAUGCGCCUGGAACAGCCGAGAUCGGGAUACGACGAUGUGCUGGUAGAAGCCCCGUCUGCCGUUCAGUUAAAGGGGAGUCUCUCCAGCUUGAAAGGCAGAUCGAUCAGUCGCGAGAACACCCUCGUUGCAGAGUCGACGACAGAGUCGACGGUAAAGACUGCUGCUGCUGCUGCUUCUGCUGCUGCUGCUGGUGCUGCUUCUGCUGCUGCUGCUGCUAAAACACCCUCCCUUCUAUCAAACAUUGAAGAAAUCAAGGCCCUCGUCACCACGGUGGACAACAGCAGUGUCCGCUUCAAGAUGGACCAGGAACAAGUCAAGACCGUCUUCUUCGAAAAGGAGGACGCCACGAUGACCGGCGAGCAGCGAGAUCUGUCUCCCCUCGGCGAGACCUUCGGUCUGUGGCUCAUCUGCGUCGCCGCCGCGUUGAGCCAGCUGCAAGACGCCGGCGGCGGCGGCGGCGGCGGCGGUCUAUGGACCUUCUCCAUCCCCAACGACGUCGUGACCUUUGCCCGACGCAAGUCGAUCCCCUGCGGCGUGAUGGUGCUGCUCGGCCUGCUAAAGGAGUCCGACGUGCCGCCCUGGUCCUCGCCGCCGCCGCCGCAGGGCGAGACCACGAUGGAAACACACGAACGCAUGGAGGAAGACGCCCUGGCCCGGCGGCUGGAAGCCGCCAUGCCCGUCGCGCAGGCCGCCGAGGCCCGCCGCGUGCGCAUGAUGCGCGAGUCGCAGCGCUUCCACACCAACCAUCAGAAACGCAUCCAGGCGCAGGAGGAGUACGAGCAGCGCCGGCUCGUCGAAGCCAUCCAGUCGCCGCGGCUCGAGAACCACGUCAUCGCCACCGCCGGCCUGGUCUAUCUGGUUGGCGAGAAUGUCGUGCCAGCGCACUACACCGUCGCCCAGCUCGCCCACGCCGUCCUCUACCUCCUGCUGCUCGACGAGAAACAGGCCCAGGCCGUUGCCGACAUCCUCGAGCGCUGGACGCUCUGGUGCCAGUUUGGCGGCAUGCAGCCCGUCCAACUCACCUUCUUGAUGGAGAACAAGGUGGCCUUUUGCUACGCGGCCGCUCUGGUCGCGGUCGUGCGCCACGCCAACGCCGACGACGGCAACCUCUCGGCGGAUCUACUGGCGAGCAUGAGGUUGUGGAAGCGGGUGCGACUCGGAUAAUGUUACUAUCAUAUACUCAUAUGCCCUUGUGAUUCAACUGAAGUUUUCGCUAUUCUAUCUACGACCCUUGUGGGCUCUUAUGCAUGAUUCUAAUACUGGGUUAAUGCUGAGGAUCUGGAAGAACAUACGCUCCGAUUCUAGCCAGUUAGUAAGGCGCCAAACAAAGUAGAGACAGAUAGGAACUCACGAUAUGACGACGAAGCAAGAGGCGAGCAUGAAUCCCUCGAGAGAGGUGGUCUUGUUCUGGACCAUGAGGAAGCUGACGAGCAGCACACUGGCGAAGAGAACGACGGUCUCAUACAGACCGAAGA